GGGACGAGGAGAAGCCGGCUGCACUGCGGGCGUGGGUGAGAGCCAGAAGCCGGUUGGAGUUUGGGCAGAGCGUUGUCUUUGGUGAGAGAAGCGUGAGGGAGUCUUGGGAGCCGAGGACGCCCGACGGAGGAUUCUUCAGUCACAAUGUCAACUGGCACAGAUGUUUCUCUUUCUUCAUAUGAUGAAGAUCAGGGAUCUAAACUUAUCCGAAAAGCUAGAGAGGCACCAUUUGUUCCCAUUGGAAUGGCGGGGUUUGCAGCAAUCGUCGCAUAUGGAUUAUAUAAAUUAAAGAGCAGGGGAAAUACUAAAAUGUCUGUUCACCUGAUCCACAUGCGUGUGGCAGCCCAAGGCUUUGUUGUGGGAGCAAUGACUCUUGGUAUGGGCUAUUCCAUGUAUAAAGAAUUCUGGGCAAAGCCUAAACCUUAGAAGAAGAGAAGCUGUCUUGGUUUUGUUGGUGGUGCUUGCUUUUUAGUUAGGCAUCUCAUAGUGAGUUUUUAUGUUUAUGUUGAAAAUAAAUCAUUUGAAUGGGUCAGACAAUAAUAUGGUAAUUUAAAUAUUGGAUUUUUUUCUUGCAGGUUUGAUUUGCCUGGUAACCAAAUUACUUGUGACCAUUUAACUAGCUAGGUCAUUCAUGGGAGUCAAAUUAGCACAAAAGAAACAUGUCACUUUUAAAUGUAGUGAUAAAAUAUGCUCCUUCUUAAACUCUUCUGUUAAAAUUAGUUGUAAAGAGGACAGUUUGCCAAUUCUGAAGUACUCCCAAUUGCUGCAGAAUAUCACAUGCUUUUGAUGUUAUAUAGGAAUCCUAUUUAACUUUUUUCUGCCUGUUUUGCAGACUGAGUACUUCAGUUUUUAGGGCUCUAAUCCUUUCAGAACAGUGCAAAGAAUAUAAGCUUCCCCACAACUGAAAAUAUGUGUAUUUAAACCAAACCCAAAAAGCCGAUAACAGCUGCUUAGAAGUAGUAUUUAUUUCAGAAUAAUACUUGUAAACAUGAGAAUAACUUAACUGUGGAUCCCAGUUUAGCUUUUUUUGUAAUUGCAGAGUUAUAUUUAUGCUGCUGUUGUAUUAGAAUUUUUAAAUGUCAUCUUGAAAUUGAAAUGUGUAUUUUAAGAACUAAUGCAAAGGUAAAUGAAAAAUACUUUUUAAAUGUUUGAAGUUUGUUUAUUUUUGUUUAUUUUCUCUGUAAGAAUCAUAAAUGUUAACAAAUUACCUAUAUGUGAAGUGAUUAAUGAUUUAUCAGCAAGGUGGUUUGGUCAGACAUUUAUACACAAACUUUGGCAUACUCCAGAAUGCUUUAUUAUACAUGAAAUUUUCUCGUCUAACCUGAAUUUACAUUCCAUGGAGAUAACAUGGUAAAUGUAGUGUUAGUAAAGUAAGUGAACACAUCAA